GCUUGUCACCUCGCCAUGUGGAAGAAGCUGGCAGAAUGGCCAAAGACUAUGACAGGUCUUCCCAGCACAUCAGGGACAACUGCCAGUGUGGUCAUCAUACGGGGCAUGAAGAUGUAUGUAGCUCAUGUAGGUGACUCAGGGGUGGUCCUUGGAAUUCAGGAUGACCCGAAGGAUGAUUUUGUCAGAGCUGUGGAGGUGACACAGGACCAUAAGCCAGAACUUCCCAAGGAAAGAGAACGAAUUGAAGGACUUGGUGGGAGUGUCAUGAACAAGUCUGGAGUGAACCGUGUAGUUUGGAAGAGGCCUCGGCUCUCUCAUAGUGGACCUGUGAGAAGGAGCACAGUUAUUGACCAGAUUCCUUUUCUGGCAGUAGCCAGAGCACUUGGUGAUCUGUGGAGCUAUGAUUUCUUCAGUGGUGAGUUUGUGGUGUCACCGGAGCCAGACACGAGUGUCCACACUCUUGAUCCCCAGAAGCACAAGUAUAUUAUCCUGGGGAGUGAUGGGCUUUGGAAUAUGAUCCCACCUCAAGAUGCUGUUUCAAUGUGCCAGGACCAAGAGGAGAAAAAAUACUUGACGAGUGAACAUGGCCAGUCUUGUGCCAAAAUGCUUGUGAAUCGAGCGCUAGGCCGCUGGAGGCAGCGUAUGCUUCGAGCAGAUAACACCAGUGCUAUAGUAAUCUGCAUCUCACCAGGAGUGGACAACCAGGGAGACUUCACCAGCGAAGAUGAGCUCUAUCUGAACCUGACUGACAGCCCUUCCUACGAUAGUCAGGAAACCUGUGUAACAAAUCCUUCCCCGUGUUCUACACCACCCGUCAAGACACUGGAAGAGGAUCCGUGGCCCAGGCUGAACUCUAAAGACCACAUACCUACCCUCGUUCGCAGUAAUGCCUUCCCAGAUAAUUUUUUAGAGAUCCCAACUGAGGUAACUCGAGGGAGUGUCCAGGCUGUAGUCUUAUCCUCAAAAGAUCCAGAGCCACUUGAAGAAAACUGCACGAAAGCCCUAACUUUAAGGAUACAUGAUUCUUUGAACAAUACCCUGUCAGUUGGCCUUGUGCCGACAAAUUCAACAAAUACUGUGUUGGACCAAAAAAAUGUAAAGAUGUCCACUCCUGGUCAAAUGAAGGCCCAAGAAGUUGAAAGAACCCCCCCAGCAAGCUUUAAAAGGACAUUAGAAGAAUCCAACUCUGGCCCGCUUAUGAAGAAGCAUAGACGAAAUGGUUUAAGUCGAAGUAGCAGUGCUCAGCCUGCAAGCCUCCCCACAACCUCCCAGCGGAAGAACUCUGUGAAACUUACCAUGCGACGCAGACUUAGGGGCCAGAAGAAAAUUGGCAAUCCUUUACUACAUCAGCACAGGAAAACUGUUUGUGUUUGCUGAAAUGUAUCUGGAAGUGAAGUUUUUCCAUUUUAGAAUUUGAGGGCUUUUAAAAUUUGGUGCCAUUGCCGGGCGUGGUGGUGCA